GUGCAAAGGAGAGAGCUUGGUCUUUAGGUAUGCACUGCAAUGCUUGACUGCAGAAACGACUUUAAAGCUUUGAUAUUUUUUCCACAAAGUCUGCUAAAGGAAACACUUAUAUUGCACAUCAUAUAAUGCAAAUUCUAGGAGAUAAGCAUGGAAUCAAAACAGAAAAGAAGCAAAUGAAAUCCGCCGGUUGGACAUCAGGAAGCUCAGACUACAUAACCAUAACGUUUGUAACGCAGAACAUUGCUUCGGCAUUCAGCAGAGCAUCUCGGAAUUAGCCAUUUACUAUCACUAAGAUCUGCAUCCUCGCUGCUGUUACUUCCUAUUACUAGUUCUACAUCACUGCUGUUUUCCCCCCUUCGCAUGUAACGUCAUUUCUCCUAAGGACACCAGGGACGUCAGGUUUUGCUGAUCUUAGCAUCUUUGUACCAUAAUACUUGAGGCACUGGAAAGAACUUGUCUUCCCUUAAGUUGAGCUCAUCUUCCUCACUGGACGCUGCCUUCCCCUCCUCCCAAGGACUUUGUUUUAAUUCCGGAAGACCACUUUUUUUACAUUGGCUCGGUACCUGUCUCACCAUCUACAAUACAGAAGAUCUGGAGGACGCUCACCUCUGAUGUGGGAUUUCCCCUACAUGACCCUACCCGUCAAAGGAGCUGUCGAAUCAUUUUAUGUGCAGUCAUCGUUUUUCCAUUUUUUAAUGAUUCACCUGCAAUCUGUGCUCCUGUUAUGCCAGUAGCACAGAGACUGGAGCUGGGAAAGGUUUUCAGUAAUAAAAUCUAACUACAGUGGAGCUCAGCUUUGCCGCAUUGUAAGAAAUUCCGCAGAGCAGACAUUCCCAGCAGAACCUCAUGGCUGCUUCCACAAGUAAAGAAACUCAAGGUAGAUAUUUCUGAUCGCAUGUCUUAUGCAUGUAUUGUACAGCUGUUAGAUCUCAAAACCUAAAUGCAUAGUGAUGGUUUUCAGUAAUUUUAUCACCCAUUAUCAAAUCAGAUCCAUCGAGGGGUUAGUACAGUGGUGAUGAGAAUGCAAACAUCACAAGCACCCUUUAUCUUAACGUAGGAAUGGCUAAUCCUUUGCUCAAUCCAGAUAUGUAACCUCUGCAAAAUGCAACAUAACCCCUUUCUCAUGAAGUUCUCCAGACUGUGUACCAAUGCUCAGGAAAGCCUUCCUACUCUAGUCAUACAGCUUCACAGCCCACCACCCCUGACACUGCUGCCUGUCUCAACAAGCCAGUUCAAAAUACUGAAAAAUAAAGGGUUCUGAAGGAUAGCUUAGUCAAUGUAACAAGUUCCAGUCCCAGAAACAUUACCACAUAAUGCAAGCUGUUGAAGUGAUAAUUAUUAGUUUGUUGAUGAAAAUGGAAUUUUUUAAGUGAACUGCUUACAAGUCAAGAAACUUUUUUUUAUCCGCAAGUCAUCUAGAGGAGGGUCUAUAUUAAAAUUCUGAAAGAAAAGAUGACAGUUGCUACUGGAGAUCCAACAGAUGAAGCUGCAACUUUACCUGGCCACCCUCAAGACACCUACGAUCCAGAAGCUGACCAUGAGUGUUGUGAACGAGUGGUUAUCAACAUCUCUGGGCUUAGGUUUGAAACCCAGCUUAAAACUUUAGCACAGUUCCCAGAAACACUGUUAGGGGACCCCAAAAAGAGAAUGAGAUACUUCGACCCCUUAAGGAAUGAAUAUUUCUUUGACAGAAAUAGACCAAGUUUCGAUGCCAUUUUGUACUACUAUCAGUCUGGCGGAAGACUUAGGAGGCCUGUUAAUGUGCCCUUAGAUAUUUUCUCUGAAGAAAUCAGGUUUUAUGAGCUUGGAGAAGAAGCUAUGGAAAUGUUUAGAGAGGAUGAGGGUUUCAUUAAAGAAGAGGAGCGUCCUUUACCAGAUAAUGAAUUACAGAGACAGCUGUGGCUGCUAUUUGAGUAUCCAGAGAGUUCUGGGGCAGCCAGAAUUAUAGCAAUUGUAUCAGUGACUGUGAUACUGGUCUCGAUUGUCAGCUUUUGCCUGGAAACCUUGCCGUUAUUCAAAGAAGACGACAAAGAUGCAUAUGGAAGUGCUGGCAACUUUCAUCCAUAUACCAACAGCACAGCAAGGUAUAAAACAUUCUAUUUCACAGACCCUUUCUUUAUUGUUGAGACCCUUUGCAUCAUUUGGUUUUCAUUUGAGUUCCUAGUAAGGUUUUUUGCUUGUCCAAGCAAAGCUGGUUUCUUUACCAACAUUAUGAAUAUAAUUGACAUUGUGGCUAUCAUACCAUAUUUCAUCACACUUGGAACUGAAAUGGCUGAGAAGCAGGAGGAUGGACAGCAAGGUCAGCAAGCGAUGUCUCUAGCCAUUCUUAGAGUUAUCAGGCUGGUCAGGGUCUUCAGAAUCUUUAAACUGUCCAGGCACUCCAAAGGGCUACAGAUUUUGGGUCAAACCCUUAAAGCCAGUAUGAGGGAAUUAGGACUUCUGAUCUUUUUCCUUUUUAUUGGUGUCAUCUUAUUUUCCAGUGCUGUAUAUUUUGCAGAAGCAGAUGAGACUACUUCCCAGUUUGAAAGCAUUCCUGAAGCUUUCUGGUGGGCAGUAGUUUCCAUGACAACAGUGGGUUAUGGAGACAUGGUACCUAUCACUAUAGGUGGAAAGAUUGUAGGCUCUCUGUGUGCUAUAGCAGGUGUGUUAACAAUAGCCUUACCUGUACCUGUUAUAGUGUCCAACUUUAACUACUUUUAUCAUCGAGAAACAGAAGGAGAGGAACAAGCCCAGUACUUGCAGGUUGCCAGCUGUCCAAAGAUUCCAUCUUCUCCUGACCUAAAGAAGAGCAGAAGUGCCUCUACCAUCAGUAAAUCGGACUAUAUGGAAAUACAAGAAGGGGUCAAUAACAGCAAUGAGGAUUUUAGAGAAGAAAACCUGAAAACUGCCAACUGUACCCUAGCUAACACAAAUUACGUUAACAUCACAAAAAUGUUAACUGAUGUCUAACACGUGCAACUAAUGACAUUUCUACAGCUCAAAGAGGACAGUCACAUAUCUUGUAUGCAAUGCAUAAUUGUGUGUCAUACUCUGUGGCUUCAUGUCUGCAUGAACAGCAGUACAGUGUCUGUGUGAGCAACAUUUUUUGCCAUUAACAGGGUAGUCCACAUUUUUAUAACAUUCAUGCUAGUUAUUACAGUUUUGUGUCUCUGCAACAUUAAAAUGCAGUAUUUAGACUCAUAGUAAAUAUAGUAGUAGGACAAAUAGCAAGAAUUAAGACUGUUCAACAAAUCCAUAUUUAGAAUUACAUAUAUAAAGAAGAAAAAAAUCAAUCAUAAUCUUUAGAAAACUAUCAGACAUAACCAGAAUGAAUUUAUACAUAUAAUGCGAGAGAGCCAUGCUGGGGGAGGAAUGCAAUAUUAUCUUUCUGUGCUAGGAAGUGUACAACAAUUUCUCACUACCAAAAUGACUAUGCCUGUGCCAAAUUAUGUAUCCCUCUGUGUCUGGAGGCAUUAUGCUUAGGAAUGUAAAGUUGGAGGUGUGCUUUACGGGGAUGGCAAACAAAAUGGUGCAAAGAGCUUUUUCCUCUGCAGUAUAUCAUUGUGAGGCUCAGGAGGUGGGGACAGAUGGUUUGACAGUAUCGUGAUUUGUUAUGUCUUAAACUUUGCAUUCCAGGAGCAGAUGAAAAUUAUGAGCAAGACUUCUUUGCAUACUAUUCAUGCAGACACAUUUACAGCUUUCAGCAGGCUCUGUUUUAGGUUCACCAAAGAAAACUAACUGUUUCCGUCUCUGAGUUUUAACACAUUCCUUUUGUCACACCAUAAUAAUGAUAUUGUGGCCUAAAUUAUAUAACCAUUGCAGUCUAUUUUAUGAUUGUUUACUACUGAUGCAUGAAUAUGUGUUGCAUGUAUAUUAAUAUGUAUAAUACUAAAGAUAUAUUUUCAUAGAAUAUGUUACAGGCAAUUAUGAAUAAUGCUUUUAUAGCUUCAUGGUUUGAUUACACGAUUGUAGCAUAUGUCAGUGGAACUUAUAAAUUGUAAUUGUAAAUUUUAUACUAAACCAAAAUGCACAAAGGACAGACAAAAAGGAAUAUAUCAAACAAUUAAAAAUAGAAGAUAUGGAAUAACUAAACAUACAAUAUUUAUAAUAAUUAAGGGAAAUGGCAUAUACUAGGUUUUGUUAAUUAGCACUUUAAUUUAAAGGCAAGAUCAUAUUUAUAAAAUGUAUUGAUAUCAACAAGGAUCGGGUUUCCUAACCAUGACAUGGGUUAAGUAUCACCCGGUCACUGUGCAGUUGGUCAGUAUUUGAUCUGCAUGAAAUGCUUGCUCCAUGAAGAAGAGGAACUGUUUUGUUCCACGUACUGCCUUUUUUUGACCAACAUACUCUAAUUCUAGCAAACAGUCCUUUCAGUUUGUAAGUAGAAUUGGAUGGGAGGGAUAGUUAAAAAGCAGACCUGGCAGCAUGCCACUGCCUACCUUUUAGGAAGGACAAGGCAGUUAGUCUUUUGUUAUUAAAUCUAAUAGUAAUACACUGCUAACUGCCAUGUACAAUCUGUCGAGCUGUACGUAACUGUUAGAAUAUAUGUAACAAGGUUACUUUCAGAUACUAUUUAAAAAAGCACAGAAUUUGAAAGAGAUCAAAGGUAUACAGAAUGCUUAAAAAUCACACUUCUUUCUGUAAUGCAAUAAUACCGUCUUAUGGCCCCCCAAAACAAAAAAAACAAAAAAAUAAAAAUAAAAUGAAUUUUAAAAUGAGAGCAAUGUAGUACUGUAUCUCCAUAUCUUAUAUGAUCAUAAAUGUUAGUUUUACAUGUUGAGCAUGAAUUAUGUUUUCAUUAAAUAUAGUGACUCUGGAAUGCUAUAGGUUUCUUUCUUACCUAAAAACUCUUGCCUACAUCCAAGAGCCAAGAAUGGCACAAUACAUUUCACAAAAGCAGUGCAAAGCACUGCCACGUUUAGUAUUAUGCUUUUCCCCAUCCAAGAUCCAAGCAGUUUGCAGAAGUUUUCAUUCCUAUAAAAGAAAACUAUC